AUGUUUGAAAGUGAAGAUUGGGAUCUUGAUCAGGAAUUCCUAAAUGAUAUAGAUGACAAAACAGUAAAGUAUUAUUCUCAAAAGGACAUUCAAGAAAGUGAAUCGAAACGACGUAAAAUAGAAAUUAAUGAUGACUCAAUUCUUUUAUCUAACUGUGGUUCUAAAGAACAAAAUAACAUUAACAAAACUGCAGUGAAACAUGAAAGUAAAAAGUCAAGAACAAAUUUAGUUCUUGAAAUAUUAAAUAAAAGUGAACCAAAUGAAAAUCUAUUUAAUGGUAGAUUAAAUAAAUUGGGAUCAUACGAUAACCAUUCAUCAAAUAUUCAUGUGAACUGUUUACAAAGUUAUGAAAAUAGUCAGUUACCUAGAAAAAAUUUAGUACUUGAAAUACUUAAAAACAAGAAGAUAGAGGAUAAAAUUACAGAAAAUAAUACAAAGAAUGUAGAAUUAAAACAGAGCAUACUUAAAAUUAAAGAUGAAGAUGACAUUAAUGAAAAAUCAAAGAAUGUCAUAUUUAAUAAUAAAACAAGACAUCAAAUCUUUAAAAGUAAUUCUGAAACAGAAAAUAAUUUAGUUAAUGAUGAUUUCAAAUCUAAAAACUUAAGAAAACAAUUAUUGUGUAAUAUGCUCCAGGAACAAUCUACAGAUAGUGUACAAUCUAAUCAUAAUAUUACAAAAGACAGUUUCUCUGCAAUCAAACACCCAUUAAUACAGUCUAAUAGAAAGAUGACACUAGUUAGAAAAUUUCCUGGACCAGCUGGUUUGUUACCAGAUGAUUUAAACUUUAAUAUACCCUGUAUUUCAUAUUUAAAUAGUUUAGAAGAAAAUGAGAAGGCAAAUAAAGAAACUGAUUCAAAUAAGUUAUCUGAAUAUUGUUCUCAAAAUACAAAGAAUUUAUUCACAGAAGGUGCUUGGCAAUUAAUGUUGGAUGAUUUGCCACAUGAUUUUUUAAAGGGCCAUGAUAUAGCUACUAUUAAACAAACAGCAAACAUGAAUGGUAUCAGUAGUACAAAAGUUGAAUUUUUAGCAGGAAUAAUAGAACACAUAGAUUAUAGUCACGAUAAUCCCCCCAUUAUUUUAAAAGAUUUCACUGAUAAUAUUCAAGGAAUUGUACACAGAGAUAUACCACUUAAAUAUCCUGGUUUCUUAGAAACUAAUGUUGUUGUACUUUUACAUGAUGUAGGCAUUUUAAGAACAUCUGGAACUUUUGUUUCAAAUAAGUACCAAAUUCUAAUCUCACCUUCCAAUUUAUUAGCAAUUUAUACCAGUACGGGUACAGUAGAACGUACACAAUAUAUGGAAAAACUUUUUGGAAACAUUUCAGAGAAAAAAACAAAGACAGAAAAAAAUAUAAAAGAGGACUAUAUCCCUGCAAUAGCAAAUAGUCAAUUCAUUGUAAAAAACAGUAGUAAUAGUAAGAAGCUAACAAAUUUGAGGAAAGAUAUAAAAAAUAUAAAUCAGAGAAAUCAAAAUUACUCUAUAAAUUUAAAUGAAGCAGACAAAAAUACAGAUAAAUCAAUAUAUUUUGAUAGUAAUAUAUUCUUUUCAGUUUCAUCAAAUAAUAUUACAGAUUCACAGAAUCAAAAGAAUUUUAAUUGUUUAACAUCUAAGAAUUUAAAACAUAUAAAGCAAGAAUAUAAAAAUCAGAGAUCUAUACAAUCUUUAGUAAAUGUGGAAGAAAAUGCACAGGAUGAUGAUAAAGAAAAAGCUAAAAAUUUAUUAAAAAGUAUAAAAAAAUUUACCUCGGAUGUAAAUAAGAAGAAACGUCUUUUUCAUAAUACUUCAAUUUCAGAAACGAAUGCUGAGCAUUCUACAUCAGUAAAUAUUUGUGAUAAAGAAAUAGAAUCUCAAAGAAUAAAUGAUAAAUUAUCUGAAAAAAUGAAUAUUGAUAAGUGUUCAGAGACAAUUUGUCACAAAAUUGUCGAAAAUAAGCAAGAGAAAAAUAUAUCUUCUAUACGAUCUAAAUUAUUGGAAUUUAAAAACAUGGAUACAUUAAUUUCUUCAGAAAAUUCUAAGGAUAAAGUUACAUUAGAUUUAAAAGAAAAACAUGGAACGCUCUCAGAAGAAAAGCUAUCCGAAAUUUCAGGUUCUAUACAUGAUGUACUUGGUGAUACCGAAAAUGAUUCUGACGAUGAAAUGUUGUCACAGUUGGAUAUGGACAUCAUUUUUAGCAAUUAUAAUAACAAAAGUUAG